UCGGCACCAGCAGCUGGGAGCAGACAGCCCGUACAGCGCGACCUCACUACUGAGGCUGGGAAUCAGUUUCGUGAGCGAAUAUUGCUCCAUGAAGUGGCCGAGACAGACGCACCUCGAGAAGACUGGUUUCGACAUUCUUUGAAGGCUCCUCCAGUUGUAUACAGAUGGAGGCAGUACUGAAUUAAAUGUGUGUUCAUGUUAUCUCAAACAAAAUCAUUCACCAGUUGUCUUCUUGCAGGCACCAAAACUUAAUAAAUUAUAUACCUGAAGAAGACGCAUUUUGAACUUACCUGUUGCUAAGACUGGCCUAAGAAGGAAAAGGAAAAGUUAUCCAAAAUUUUAAUUCCGUAGUUAAUUAUUGUGUUAUUCUUCUAUCGAUAAAACCGUUUCUGCAAGUGAUAAGUGCAACUGAGGCAGGCUUACAAGUUAGGAUUUAAGUUAAAAAGAAAAGUUCUUAUACAAUCGAUUGAAUUCCUUCACAAGAAUUCGACUCAGAAUUAUUUAUUCUAAGCAGAACGCUUUGAUGUGUUUCUCUUCUUUGAGGUUGUGAGUGACAAAAUACACGAGAUUACAGUUCAGAGAAAGUUCCAGUUUUUUAUAGUGCGCUAGUUAUUUGUGGGGUGAUUCAAGUGAUUUGCCUGUUGUAUAUUCCUUCAUUUAACUUGACUGAAGAAAGAGACGCCGACGAACGUCCUCAGAGCCACUGAAGUGCCCAUUCAAUCUCCACCACCAGCGACAGAUUAAUUACCCGUGCAGAUGUGUCACCUUGGCUCUGCAAGUAAGACGUUUGCGUAAGUGGCAACUGUGAGGGCGCUUUUGGACUUUUGAAUCCCGCAAGGGCAAUAUGGCGUUGUGGAAUGGGCAGGUAGCUUUCUCGGUGAUGCUGCUGAUUGGAUUACAGGCAACGGCCUUCAGCGGGGGUAGCAUCACGGACUGUUCCCGACUCGAUUCCCAGCGGAGCCUUAACAUGGACCAGCUGAUGGGAAGGUGGUUCGCCGUGGAGGUUGUGGAGCACAACAGAUCUGUGGAGCACAACACGAUCAGCACCGUGAUCAACCUGUGCCCCACCCUGCAGCUCACGCGUGAGGGCAACAGCACGAUCCGCUUGCACUGGAACGAGAGCGCGGGCGAGCUCGUCUACAAGUUCCGGCAGCCGAAAGCGGGCCACCCCGGCUUCUGGGUGUCUGUGGGAAGUCAGAAAGGCAGUCUGGCGGAGCGCCACGAUGUGAGCUUCUCGGGAACGGUGCUGGUGAUGAAGGCGGUGAGCUCUCACACCGUGCUCACCUUCUGCCCGCGGUCGCAGCACAAGGUGUACACGGUUCUCAUGUCCCGCAAGAGGCGCCUGCCCUACGACGAGAUGCGCGGCGUCAACAACAUGCUGAAGAGACGUGGGCUGGACGGCCUGGUCAAGGAGAUGUGCAAGGGCGCCGCGGCUUCCAACAGGGGACGCCUCGCAGCCGUCGCGCUGCUCCUUGUCCUUCAGUUCGUGAGCGGUUGGCACUAGCGAGCGGGACGCAGUCACUUCCAACACCCCACACGGGGCACUAGUCUCUAUACCAUUAGAUUCCAGGUCUUCACGGCGGCUAUCUCGGCCGGAACAGGAUUUCCGUGGGUUUCCUCACUCACUUGGGCAGAUCGCUUCCUUUCAGAUUCCUCCCACUUCAUUAUUCAGUACCAUCCAGUCAUUCAACACUAUAAGCCUAAAGUCUGAGUUUGAGAUAGCGUCAUUAAACAAAGUACAAACACAUCCGUAGUGAUGUAAAUGCGCAUGACACCGCGCAAUCUGGUAGCUGCCUACAGGCGCUGCGGAGAACUUACCGUCUCCUAGUCUCAGUCUUGGUGUACCUAAGAGCAUUUCCAACAGCUCUCACUGUGGGAUGGUGAGCGCGUGAGAAUGUUGAAACGAUACGGAGGGAAGCGACUGUGAUUCAAGUUGAGGUACAAUCUGAACAUUUGCUUCAGGAACGGAGGAAAACCACGAAAACUUCAGUUAGAUUAGCAGCUCUCCGAGCCUCAACUCGAUGCCCGUGACCUCCCGGUUAUGAAGUAGGAGUGCCAACUGUUUGACUCCGACGUUCACUCUGCUGCUUCCAUCUUCAGGUAUAAAAGACGGGGCAGCAAGUUACUCCGAAACGUUGGUACCUCUGUAGUAAUAACAAGGUUUGACAAACCGGAAGACAGUAAUACUCACUGCCGUGAGAACGUCAUAUCUCACACAUAUGUAUAUUUAAAAAUAUAUUUUCAAAGAGGAGGUCCGGAAGGGUUGAAAUUACUGAUUAAAAGUCGACGUACCAUGAUCACAAGUCAAUACAGGACGAUGCAAUGUUUUCAGCAAUAGCUGUAUACAGAUUAACGUAAGUUACUGAAAAUAUCUUAGAACCCUGAGUUUCAUUUUAGAUUCAUUUUGUGAUUCUGAUGUAUCUACGCCAUAUAACGUCGAAGUGAUGGAUGAUUCAUGAACUUGGAAGGAUCUGGAAGGAAGUGGUCGUGACUCUCCCGGAAGGGUCUAAGGAGAACCACGAAAAAUCUCAGUUAAAUAGCAGGUUCCCUGCCGAAAAUCGAACCGAGUACCUCCCAAAUAUUAGUGCGCUGCUGCACCUCCGCCAAUCUGCUCACUGCAAACUGUCAUUAAGGUUACAGCCUUGUGAGAUGUGAUGCCAUGUCGGUUGGUAGGUUCGUAUACUGAUGUUCUGAAGAAUACUGCGGCUUCCAUCUUCACCCUGAAGAGGGAGGCCGCGCUCAAACUACACGGUAUCACAUAACAGAAGACAUAGUACUCAUAGCCACAACCGUGAGGAGCUCAGAUUUCGUCCUGUAAACUGCGCAGGCCUACCUCACGCUUCUUGUAAGACCAGAGGCACGGGGGGUGGGGGGCUCAC